GGCGCCCCGCAGCAGACCUACAACGUCAACUCGGUUGUACCCUCGAAGCGUUCGCGCCCCUCGGAAGAUCAGAUGCAUCACUCACCGCAUGCUCCUUCACAAUCACUAGACAUGUCGCGAUCGCAAACCCCAAUGCAAGCCGGCGCUCCCUUCGCAUUCAAUACCCAGCAGCAACAGCAGCAGCAGCCCUUCCAAGCUCCACCCACUCCCUACCAACACCUGCAGCAGAAUCCCUCGGCUUCGACCAAUGCUACGCCCUCGCCAACGAUGCAACCUCAGCAGUUCCGUCCGCCGCAACAGCCACCGCAGCGCAUGUCGACCGCCUCGCCGGCCACAUUCGGGCAGACCAUGUCUCCCGCGCCCUCGACCGCUUCCAACAACAUGAUGCAGCCUGGCAACUUCACUCCGCAGCAAAACUUCGGCGCAAACUUCAACCCUUCGUCAUCGCAAGCUAUGAACAUGUCUCAAGGCAUUACUUCUGUGCCCCAGAUGCAGCAGCAAUACCAGCAGAAGCUCUACCAACAGCGUCUGCAACAACAGCAACAGCGCCUGCAAGCUAACAGCAUGGCCCAAGUGCGCGCAAAUGCUGCUCAGACGGCUGCUGGCUUCAACCCUGCGGCUGCUGCGGCCAACGUCAACGUCGGCGCCAAUGGCAUGUCAGCUCCUGGGCAGUCUGCGCAGUCUAACACACAGAAGCAAGAACAAUGGAUGCGAUCGUUGCAGCAGUAUUGUCAACAACACAACAGACCGUUCAAUCCCUCGCCCCUUGUUUGCGGACGGCCACUACCUUUAUACGUUGUCUGGGUCAUUGUUCUGCAACAUGGCGGCUCCACUCGUGUCACUCAAUUCCAAGGCUGGCCCACCAUCGCCCAGAAGGCCGGCUUCAACAACCAGCAAUACCCUGCAGCCGCACAAGAACUGCAGCAACUGUUCGAGACCAACUUAGGCCAUUAUGAGCCACAACAGGCACAUCAGGCGCAACAGGCCCAGCAACAGCAAUUGCAGUUGCAGCAGCAACAAAUACAAGCUCAGCAACAGUUGCAGCAGCAACAACAACAGGCCGCCCAACAGCAGCAGCAACAGCAGCAGCAGCAGCAGCAUACAACGCCUGCGUCUAUGAUGAAUCCUCAAGCCACACCAAUGCAGCGUCCUACUCCCGCACCUGUCGCCAAUGGGCUAGCCACUCCACAAGCCACCACGCAGCAGCACGCCUUGAGUGAGUUCCGUCGCACAUCGAGUGUUGGCAAGCUCGACUCGGCACCGCCACAAGAUCAAGACUUGGCUCGAGUCUCUGCAUCACCAGCAGUCAAGGCUCAGUCAGAAGCGGGCGGCACUCCGGGCAUCAAACGCGAAGCCAGUACUGCUGAGCUGAAACACAACAUUGGUCAGGAGACAGAAUACGAGCCGCAACGACGAAGCCUGGACUACUAUGGUGGAUACGAUAUUCUACCACUGGCCAAGCUCGGUGGUGAGAUUGCUCGCCUGGUUCCUGAUGUGCCUAUGGUCGACGAGAUGGGGCUGAUAGACAUCCGGGCUCUCACACUGAGUCUACAGUCUGGCAUCCAUGCUGAAACUCGCCACGCCUUGGACCAUUUGACGUUGAUCUCGAUAGAACCGCGCAUCAACCUAGAUCUCGAUAAGUGCGAGGAUUUGACAGACGUGCUGGUUGACUGCGCCGAAGUCCAACUCGACAUUCUUGCCGAUGGUGCUGCCGAGGUUUCCGAUGGCCUUGACCUGCCAUCUUACGAGGAUCUUGUCAAGCUUUGUCGUAUUGAAAACGAGUCCUUGCAAGAUGUGUCUGCCGUUGGCACCCAAGAAUAUGAGCUGGAUCGUGCCGCCGACCGCCUCAUUGCCGUCACGACACUGCUGCGUAACCUUUCCUUCAACGAGGCGAACCACCGCCUGUUGUCAGCCAGUUCUGUUGUCAAUUUUGUCUCAAACGCAAUUCGCUUGCUGGGUACUAGAAAUACCUUUCUCCGCACCUCAAGGAAUGUUGCCGACUUCUACAAAGACAUCAUCACGUUCCUCUCUAAUAUCACUGGUGUCCUGGAGUUGCCGAGUCGCGACGAUGCUCUCCAUAUUCUUCAGUUCAUUCUAGCGUUCGCUCCCCAGCCGGCGCCUAAUCUCUCAUCUGAUUCUCCGUUACUAUUCAGCCAUUACAUACCUUUGGCGCAACGACAUCUUCCGCUGGCAGUUGACUGUCUUGCGAAACUCUUGGCUCGCCAAGAACCUAAUCGAUCAUUGUACCGCAGCAUCUUCACUUCAUCACAAACGCCCAACUCGUCCGAGUCCACUCCGCCGGCAGAUCUGCUUACCUCUGCCUUUGCUCUGAGCAUCUCCGUAUUGCCUGAGCGCUCGAAAAGAGCAUUCUCGACCGCCGUAGAACUUAAGAUGGUGGAGGCCAGGAAGGCUCUAUUGACGCAGGGCAUGUUGGCUGCCGAUAUUCUUGCAUCGAUGAUCCCAACAGCACAAUCGUCCGAUGAAGCUGAUGAGAAGAACCUUGCUCGUGCUUGGCUUAGCUCUGACGACCGCUGGCCUGGAAGUCUGUUGCGUAUGGCUUUUGUGCUCUCGGUUGACCGCACCGCACAAACACACAGGCCACAACCAGGGCAUCCACACAUGCCGCAGGUGGACCCAGAAAUGCAGGGCUACGGUCUUAUUACACAUCGUGGGCUUGGUAUGUUGGCACGGUUAGUCGAGAAGGCUGGGUUACCUGCCUCAGAUAAGGCCAGAUGUAAUCCGGCUCCCCAGCGGGAAACGAUUCUCGGCGCUCUACUGUCACCAGACGCAGACCGAGUGGCAUUGAAGCUGUUGUGC